AUGGCGGUCUUGGCCGCGGCCAGAUCGCUGUGUCUGCUAUGUUUCUGGCCGUGGUUGCUUGUGCAGCCUACGAAAGGAUUGCUUUGCCCCGAGAUGUGUUCCGGUGCCACGACUGAUGGCCAAAGCUAUCCAUGCCGCUACUAUUCGAACAACUGCGAGAUUCACCCGACUCCAAACCCAGCACGGAACGCGGCGCGGGAUCUGAAUGUCCUGGUCAUGCUACCGUACACAGGCCCGAUCGGCAACACCGCUACGAUGGCCGAGCCACUCCUGCUAGCUGCCACGCAGGAGAUCGAGGACAGCAACAUGCUACCUGGAUAUCGGCUCAAACUUCACAUGGUGGACGAGGCAUGCUCCGGACAGAUAGCUGUCCGUAGGGUCAUCGAGUCCAUGAACACGGCCCCGCAGAAACACAUUUUACUCGGUUGCGAUUGCUCUGCGUCGAGUCAGCCAGUAAACCAUGCCUUGUACCACUACAAGAUCAUGCAGGUCUCUCCAUUUUCCAUCUCCGUGGACCUCAGCGAUCGCGAUCGCUAUCCAUACUUCAGCCGCAUGGCGCCUUCCUACCGCGUGACCGUCAUGUCAGCCGUGGAGAUCCUGAGAAGCUUCCAAGUCCAAAGAGUAGGUCUCGUGCAUGGCACGGCCGCCAUCUUUGUCGGACUUCGGGACCUUUUCCGGGAGAAUGUGCAGCGCGACACCGAAGCCGGCACCCACGCUUGGACGGUGCUUUUCGAAGCGACCGUGACGGACCUAGACUCUGCCGCAGCUGCGGUAGAUUUGAGGCGCCAGCGAGAUGCCAAAUGGAGUGUGUUGGCGACAUAUGAGGACCAUGGAGCCAUGGUUCUCUGCCAAGCCUACAGGCACGGCCUACUGGCGCCAGACUACAAUUGGUUGUUGCUGAAUGGUUGGUGGAACCCGAACUUUAUCAAUGCCAAUGCUGGCAGCCCUCUGUGUCCCUGUGCCGCAGACGAAGUUCUCCAUGCAGCCUGGGGAAUGAUAGGAUUCACCUACAGCCCCCUGACGGAGACGAAUGAAGUGCAUGGACUGUCGGGCCGAAGAUUUGCAGACAUCACCGCCGACUACUACAGAGAGACCGCUGCCUUUGGCAAUGGGACGGGAAUCUCUUGGAAUGCCAUGGGCUACGUUUAUGAUGGACUUUGGCAAAUAGCAUCAGUCCUUCACGGCUUUCUGAUUGAUCAGAACAGGUCUUACGACGAGCUCAACACCGACUUCUCCCGCGACUCCCUGUACCAGCUCACUCUUCAGCAGGACUACAUGGGAAGCAGCGGAAGGGUGCGCCUCUUCAACGGCGUGGAUCCUACCACCACUCCACCCUCCUUUGGAGACCGAGAGGGCGCAGUCCUUAUGCUACAAGUCGCAGCCACGGUCAUGCAGCCCUUCGAACAGCUGGGCAUUUGGACUCCUGCAGGGGUUCAGUGGCUUAGAGACAUCACCUGGAGCGCAACAGACAGCAGCAAGAGCACGAGCUGCAGCAGCGGGACUUGUGACCUGUCCACAGGCUAUCUUCCCGUAGAUCGAAGCAGCGAGUGCCCUGCUGGAACCAUCUGGUUCAACGAGCUCGGCUGCACCGACUGUCCCACUGGCCGCUUUGCGGCUUUAGGCAUGACUCAAUGUGAUCCCUGCCCUACCGGGGCCUUCAGCAAUGUCAGCGGCUUGGCCGAAUGCUACCCGUGUCCAGCUGGCAGCAUAAGUGAAGAGCGGGCCGCACCUUCCUGCACUUUUUGCCAGCAGGGCUUCUUCGUGAACCAGUCCGGCAUGUCUCAGUGUGCCAAGUGCGAAGAAGGCACUUAUGCCGACAGGCCCGGCCUCACCCAGUGCCAGGAGUGCCCGGCUGGACGGACCACGAACUACGAGGGCGCCUUGGAUGCUGCAGCCUGCACCUGCAAUGGCCAGCUCUGGAAUGGCGAAUGCUUUCGCUGCAGGGACGGCGCUCGCUUCGAGCUGGGUGCAUGCGUUCAGUGCCAAUCUGGGCUUGAGUGUGAGGAGGGCGAGGAGCCGAUGAUCCUCCCGGGAUUCUUCGCCACGCGGGAAGCCCCCUACGACAUCUACAAGUGUUUGCCCGCAGACAAGUGCCCGGGAGGAAUGUCGGGAGCAUGCGCGGGCGGCCGGGUCGGAGUGCCGUGUACACAGUGCCCUGAUGGGAUGUCAUUGGAUCAGGGCGUAUGUGCCCCAUGUGCAGGUGGAAGUUUCGCAGGCUGGGUGGUCUUUGCUGUAGUUGGCAUGUCUGCUCUGGUAGCUAUGUAUUAUUUGAUCAAUUCACCAGCAACCACCCGGGCGAGUGCGAUGUUGGCCACAACGUGUGUGCUGGGCAUGACCAUCAGCAUGCUCCAAAGCGUCGGCAUCGUUGGAAUGAUCUCCUUCGAGUGGCCACCGGAGCUCUCCUGGGUCUUCGACGCCAUGAACUUCUUCCUCUUGGAUAUCGACUCCAUGGGUUUCGACUGCGUGGCCGGCGAUCCCACCCGGCGCUACGCGUACAGCGCCGUCGCGCUGCCGGCUGCGUUGCUCUGGCUCCUGACGGCCCAUCUGAUCAGCCGAAGGUGCGCUCCAUACCGCUUGCAGUUCCAGUGGCCGAAGACCAUCAGCACCAUGGGGCAGGUGGUGCAAGUGGCCUUCACCAUUGCCAGUAAGACCGCCCUGCAGCCUAUGAUGUGCUAUGCUCAUCCCAACGGAAAGCAUGGAAUGCUCUCUCACAACGGCAUCUUCUGCUUCGAGAGCCCCGAGCACACGACCAUGUUUCUGAUGGGCGUCUCACUUCUUUGCGGUCUCAUCGGAUUCUACAGUUUGGCCAUCUGGGCAACAGUCCACGCGCCCCAGGCUGCCAAACAAAGCAAUGCGACAUUUCUCACUGCGGUUCGAUUUCUCAUCGCCCGCUUCCGCGUCGACGUUUGGUGGUAUGGGACAGCUGUGCUCCCGAGAGGACUGGCACUGUCUUUGUCCAUCGUCUUGGCAGCAGACUAUCCCUUCAUUCAGAUGGUUCUCAUUGUCGCGAUCCUUCAGACGUACCUGGUUGUGCAGCUCAUGACGUGGCCGUGGAAACUCCCGGCCUUGAACCUCUUUGACUGCGUGGUCAGUGUUUUCCUGGUCAUGAUGAUGGUGAGCAUGAUCGGCGUGACCACUGCAUCGAUCUACUAUCGCCAUGCUGUGGGAAGUGCCCAGGAGUCGAGGGUCCUAGCCUUGGGCAAGGUCCCCGACCCGGAGGCCUUGGCCAAGAAGCUCUCCACCUUCGGCAACGUGAUCAAGGACCUCUCGGGCGCCGAGAUGGUAAAAGUCCUGGAGAGCCUUUCCAUCUACGACCUGAGGAUGACCAGUGCCGUGAUGACCGCUGUGGGAGCAGAGGCUGGUGAAGCAGACCUCAUGCUGGCAAGCCGUGUCUCGAUGAUGUCGCGAAGCUCCCGGAGGUCUGUGUCGGACGCCGACCUCGGGCGCAAGACCUCAGAUAGAGCCACGGCAGAAAGUCGGCCAGACCCGCCGAGCAACGCAGAGGGCAUUGAGGAGAGAAGUAAAUCCGAGCCCUUCGCUCGUGAUGGGCCGACCCAAAAUGUCUGGCUUUGA